AUGUUUGUGGCCGCCACGGAAGCGCCUAGUCGACUCGAAGAUCGUAGUUUACGGAAGGUUUGCUUGGUAGAGACUGCUUCUCUUCGUCGUGUCUUGCAGAUGUUGUUCGAGAGCUCGUUGAAAAGGAGGGUCUCAUGCAUGUCGUGCACUAUGAAGAUUUCGCUCGGUGACAUUGGCUUGGGCAACCGCUUUCCAGGUUACAGCCUGCUGAAGAUCCUGUCAGGGCGCAGGCGGGUUCGGCUGUUUUGGCAUUGGCUACAGUUGGAUCAUGUGGGACGUGUUUGUACGUUGCAGGCGCUCAGAAGCUUCCAUGGGCGAGGUCUGCAAACGGAGGACGACAAGCCUCAUUGGAUUGACCAUGAAAUACCUGACGACUUCGUGCAAGUGCAUAGGCACCCAUGGCCAUGUGGCCAACAGCAGCUGGCGUGGGCAUUUGCCGGCUUGUGUUUAUCGCAUCUCGAUGCUGUAGCCGCUCUGUGA